GAGAUACUGUUUCUUCUCUCUAAUAAAGGGGAAGAAGCCGCCAGUCUCUCUCUCUCUCUCUCUCUCUCUCUCUGUGCUCCCCCCUCCUUCUCUAAAACCUCACUCACUCCGCAGCUUCCUUCCUACCUUCUAGGUAUUUAUCGCUUCCGCCUCUCUCUCUGGUUUUACAUGUGCUGCUAGGUUUUUUUUUUUAUCGUCACUCUCCUCCAUUUUCUAACCUCGCUAAAACCCUCAGUAGCUUCUUCCAGCCUUCUUCUAGAAUAGGAGGUGGAAAUGGCUGGAAAAUCAAACAAAGGGAGGAACCGGAGAGGGUCACAUAAUGCUGCAAGUUCGUCUGAUACGGUGGUCCAGUCUGAUGCUCCUGUGAAAGACAACUCAAAAGAUGAGUCGAGUGCUUCAGAGUCCGUCAAGGCCAAUGCUAAUGGUGUUCCAACUGUGCAAGAGUCAACUAGUGACAAGCUGGAGGUAAAGGAUUCUGAAACUAAUGUUGCAGUCGUCGAACCAAAGCAAGGUGAAUCUGAAACAGAAACAGAAAAUUCAGCUGGCCAACCUAAGCAAGGUGACCUUCAUCUUUACCCUGUCUCUGUCAAGACACAAAGUGGCGAGAAGCUAGAACUACAAUUGAACCCAGGAGAUUCUGUUAUGGAUAUUAGACAGUUUCUGCUUGAUGCUCCUGAGACAUGCUUCUUUACAUGCUAUGACUUGUUGCUACUCACCAAAGAUGGCUCAACCUAUCAUUUGGAAGAUUUUAAUGAAAUCUCUGAAGUUGCUGACAUUACUAUUGGUGGAUGCUCCUUGGAAAUGGUUCCAGCUUUAUAUGAUGAUAGAUCUAUAAGGGCUCAUGUUCAUCGUACCAGAGAAUUACUUUCACUUUCCACACUUCAUGCGUCACUAUCAACAUCGCUUGCAUUACAAUAUGAGACAGCUCAGAACAAAGUAGCAACUCCUGGAGAUACCAUCAAAACUGAGGUCCCUGAGCUUGAUGGUUUGGGUUUUAUGGAGGAUGUUGCCGGUGCAUUGAGUAAUUUGCUCUCAUCACCCUCAAAAGAGAUCAAAUGCGUAGAGAGUAUUGUGUUUUCAUCCUUCAAUCCUCCACCAAGCUAUAGAAGGCUGGUCGGAGAUUUGAUUUAUCUGGAUGUCGUAACGUUGGAGGGUAAUAAGCUUUGUAUUACGGGGACUACAAAAAUGUUUUAUGUCAAUUCAAGCGCCAUAAAUAAUACCCUUAAUCCCAGGCCAAGCAAAAGUUAUGCAGAAGCGACCACACUUGUCGGGAUUUUGCAAAAGAUCAGCCCUAAGUUCCAAAAAGCUUUUCGUGAAAUUUUGGAGCGGAGAGCGUCUGCACAUCCUUUUGAAAACGUGCAAUCUCUGUUACCACCAAAUUCAUGGUUAGGGUUACAUCCAGUUCCAGAUCACAAACGUGAUGCAGCCAGAGCAGAGGAUGCACUGACCCUCUCUUAUGGUAGUGAGCUAAUUGGCAUGCAAAGGGAUUGGAAUGAGGAGUUGCAAUCUUGUAGGGAAUUUCCACAUACAACUCCUCAGGAAAGAAUUUUGCGGGAUAGGGCUCUCUACAAAGUGACAUCAGACUUCGUGGAUGCAGCAAUCAGUGGUGCUGUUGGAGUUAUCAGCAGAUGCAUACCACCUAUAAAUCCAACUGAUCCCGAGUGCUUCCACAUGUAUGUUCACAAUAACAUCUUCUUCAGUUUCGCUGUUGAUGCGGAUCUUGAGCAGCUGUCCAAGAACCAUAUGUCAGUUUCCAAUUCGAAAAUGGGGAGCACCGGCUCUUUAGGCAGUUCUUCUGAAAAGUCUACUGGCAGUUUGUUGCAUAGAGAGAGUGAAAUCCCCAAUGGGGAAAAAUGUGACGCGUCAUGCGCAGGGGAAUGCCACGAUGCCAUGGAAUCAACUGCUGAGACACAAUUGGGUGAGACUGAGCAGGCUACGUAUGCUUCUGCAAAUAAUGAUUUGAAAGGCACCAAGGCAUACCAGGAAGCUGAUGUCCCUGGACUUUAUAAUCUUGCUAUGGCCAUAAUUGAUUACAGAGGCCAUAGAGUAGUAGCUCAGAGUGUUUUGCCAGGCAUUCUUCAAGGGGAUAAAUCAGACUCUCUUUUAUAUGGUUCUGUUGAUAAUGGGAAAAAGAUAUGCUGGAAUGAGGAUUUUCAUUCCAAGGUGGUGGAGGCUGCUAAACGCCUUCAUUUGAAAGAACACACAGUCCUUGAUGGAUCUGGAAAUGUUUUCAAGUUAGCUGCACCAGUGGAAUGCAAGGGUAUUGUUGGUAGUGAUGACAGGCAUUAUCUUCUUGACUUGAUGAGAGUAACUCCUCGUGAUGCAAACUUCACUGGAUCUGGGUCUCGAUUUUGUAUCUUGAGACCAGAACUAAUUACUUCCUAUUGCCAGGUCCUUGAUGCAGAGAAAUCAAAAUCUAAGUCUAAAUGUGAAGGAGAGGCUCAGGUCACCGCUGAUGGGCCAAACGAUAACCAGGACAUCACAGAAAAAGAGAAGACCAUUGAUGCACAAGAAAUUGUCUCACCACCAGCUGAAAGCUCUGAAUCACGUGAGGAAACUCUUUUCAACCCUAAUGUCUUCACUGAGUUUAAGUUGGCUGGAAAUGCGGAGGAGAUAGCAACAGAUGAAGAAAAUGUGAGGAAAGCCAGUUUGUAUCUUACUGAGGUUGUUCUUCCAAAGUUCAUACAAGAUCUUUGCACACUUGAAGUAUCACCCAUGGAUGGGCAGACACUAACUGAAGCACUCCAUGCUCAUGGAAUUAAUGUUCGUUAUAUUGGAAAAGUGGCUGAUGGGACCAGGCAUUUACCUCAUCUUUGGGAUCUUUGUUCUAAUGAGAUUGUGGUUAGAUCAGCCAAGCACAUUCUUAAGGAUGUCUUAAGAGAUACGGAGGAUCAUGAAAUUGGGCCUGCAAUCUGCCAUUUCUUCAACUGUUUUUUCGGAAGCUAUCAAGCUGUUGGCUCAAAAGUCGCUGCUAAUAGUUCUCAGUCUAGAACCCCCAAAAAAGAACAAGCAGGUCAUCAAUCUCCGGGAAAACGGUCAAAGGGACAAGGAAGAUGGAAGGCUGGAGCUUCUACAAAGAAGAGUGUAUCUUCAUAUAUGCAUGUUAGCUCAGAGACUCUAUGGUCUGACAUUCAAGAAUUUGCCAAACUCAAAUAUGAGUUUGAGUUGCCAAAGGAUGCUAGGAUGCAUGUAAAGAAAGAUUCGGUUAUCCGUAAUCUUUGCCAAAAGGUGGGCAUUACAAUUGCAGCUCGCAGAUAUGAUCUGAAAUCUGCAGCACCUUUUGAAAUAUCAGAUAUCUUGAAUCUUCAACCUGUAGUGAAACACUCUGUUCCUGUUUGUUCAGAAGCUAAGGAUCUUGUGGAAACAGGGAAAAUCCAAUUGGCUGAGGGAAUGUUGAGUGAAGCCUACACUUUAUUUUCCGAGGCCUUUUCCAUACUUCAGCAGGUUACAGGCCCAAUGCAUCGGGAGGUUGCUAACUGCUGUCGGUAUCUUGCAAUGGUUCUAUAUCAUGCUGGAGACAUGGCGGGAGCCAUAAUGCAACAGCACAAGGAGCUAAUUAUAAAUGAGCGUUGCCUGGGUUUGGACCACCCUGACACUGCUCACAGCUAUGGGAAUAUGGCUCUUUUCUAUCAUGGACUUAACCAAACAGAACUCGCCUUACGACAUAUGUCCCGGGCGUUGCUCCUGUUAAGUUUGUCAUCUGGCCCAGAUCAUCCUGAUGUCGCAGCAACAUUCAUUAAUGUUGCUAUGAUGUACCAGGAUCUUGGGAAGAUGGACACUGCUCUUCGAUAUUUGCAAGAGGCUUUGAAAAAGAAUGAAAGGCUUCUGGGCGAGGAACAUAUCCAAACUGCUGUAUGCUAUCAUGCACUUGCUAUUGCAUUUAAUUGUAUGGGCGCCUUCAAGCUCUCCCACCAGCAUGAGAAGAAAACUUAUGAUAUACUUGUCAAACAACUGGGUGAGGAGGAUUCGAGGACACGUGACUCUCAAAACUGGAUGAAGACAUUUAAGUUGCGCGAGCAACAGAUGAAUGCACAAAAGCAAAAAGGUCAAGCUUUGAAUGCCGCUUCAGCUCAAAAGGCAAUCGACAUGUUAAAGGCCAAUCCUGACUUGAUGCAGGCAUUCCAAUCUGCUGCUAUAGCCGGCGGGUCUGGGAGUUCCAACACUUCUGUCAACAAAUCUCUUAAUGCUGCUGCAAUAAUGGGUGAAACUCUUCCCCGAGGGAGGGGAGUUGAUGAGAGGGCUGCACGAGCAACAGCCGAAAUCAGGAAGAAGGCAGCAGCAAGGGGCCUCUUAAUACGUCAACACGGUGUUCCGGUCCAAGCUUUGCCUCCACUGACUCAUCUCCUCAAUAUCAUGAGUGCCGCAGGUGGGGCCCCAGAUUCAGUGGAAAAUGGAGAAACCAAUGGAGCGAAGGAAGCCAACAACCAUCCUUCACAUGGCCCAGCAGAUGCGAAAACUAACCAACCAUCAUUGGAGCCGGAAGGUCAACCUCCAGUUGGGUUGGGCAGAGGCUUAGCAGCACUUGAUGGCAAGAAACAAAAGUCGAAAGCCAAAGCUGCAUCGUGAAAUUUUGCAUAUCAAAGAUUUUAUUAACAGCAAAGAUAGGUUGGGGUAAAUUCAGGGAAGAAAUUUUGGUCUGUUGGUUCGAGGAUGAUACAGUAAACUUUUGGAAGGUAGAGGAGUUUUUUGCAUGGAAUCUGUGGAUGCUCCCUGUAUUUUUUUAUGAUAUGGAUAUAAUAAUCAGGCUUGCAAAUAGAUUCAGGCUGCAGAAGAGCAAUUUCUGACGCAUCAUGUAACUCAUAUUGAUAUAAUAAUCAGGCAGGCUUGAUGUUCCGUAUGUAAUUUGCCGCAGAUGGACAAACUCUGUGUUGAUGUUCCGGAUGGACAAAUUUAUCCCCCAGUUUUGUAUUUUCAAAAUAAACCUUUUCUAUUGUUGCAUUGUAAUAUUUGUUCUGUUACCUUUCUCGGCCUUUUGGCUGAGACUUGA